AUGGAACUGGGCCCGGAGCCCCCGCACCGCCGUCGCCUGCUCUUCGCCUGCAGUCCCCCUCCCACGCCGCAGCCAGUCGUGAAAGCGCUGUUCGGCGCGCCAGCCUGCGGCGGCCUGUCGCCUGUCACCAACUUGACGGUCACCAUGGACCAGCUGCAGGGGCUGGGCAGUGAGUGUGAACAGCCGCUGGAGGUGAGAAACGGCAGUCUGCAGAGAAUGGGCUCCUCUGAGUCAACCGAUUCAGGCUUCUGUCUGGAUUCUCCUGGGCCCUUGGACAGUAAAGAAAACCUUGGAAAUCCCAUGAGGAGAAUAAAUUCCCUACCUCAGAAGCUCUUGGGAUGUAGCCCAGCCCUGAAGAGGAGUCAUUCUGAUUCUCUUGACCAUGAUGUCUUUCAGCUGAUGGACCAGGAUGAGAACAAGGAAAACGAAGCCUUUGAGUUUAAGAAGCCAAUAAGACCGGCAUCUCGUGGCUGCCUGCACUCUCAUGGACUUGAGGAGGGUAAAGAUAUCUUCACACAGAGGCAGAACUCUGCCCCAGCUCGGAUGCUUUCCUCGAACGAAAGAGAGAGCAGCGAGCCAGGGAAUUUCAUUCCUCUUUUUAUGCCCCAGUCCCCUGUGACUGCCACUUUGUCUGAUGAGGAUGAUGGCUUCAUGGACCUUCUUGAAGGAGAGAACCUGAAGAAUGAUGAAGAGACCCCAUCAUGCAUGGCAAGCCUCUGGACUGCUCCCCUUGUCAUGAGAAGAACUACAAACCUUGGCAAUCGAUGCAAGCUGUUUGACUCUUCUUCCACAUGUAGCUCUGUCACCCGGUCGGUGUUAAAAAGACCAGAACGAUCUCAAGAGGAGUACCCAUCUGGAAAUACAAAGCGGAGAAAGAGCAUGGCUGCGGCCAGUCCUGAAGAAGCAGCUAGUCCAGAGAAGCCCCAGGAGAUUCUACAUCAGUCUUUAUCCCUGGCAUCUUCCCCAAAAGGGACCAUUGAGAACAUUUUGGAUAAUGACCCAAGGGACCUUAUAGGAGACUUCUCCAAGGGUUAUCUCUUUCAUACGGUUGCUGGGAAGCAUCAGGAUUUAAAAUACAUCUCUCCAGAAAUUAUGGCAUCUGUUUUGAAUGGCAAGUUUGCCAACCUCAUUAAAGAAUUUGUUAUCAUUGACUGCCGGUAUCCGUAUGAAUAUGAGGGAGGCCACAUCAAGGGUGCAGUAAACUUGCACAUGGAAGAGGAGGUAGAAGACUUCUUGCUCAAGAAGCCCAUUGUUCCUACUGACGGCAAGCGUGUCAUUGUCGUGUUCCACUGCGAGUUCUCUUCCGAGCGAGGCCCUCGCAUGUGCCGGUACGUGAGGGAGAGAGAUCGGCUUGGUAACGAGUACCCCAAACUCCACUACCCUGAGCUGUAUGUCCUGAAGGGCGGGUACAAGGAGUUCUUCCUGAAAUGCCAGUCUCACUGUGAGCCCCCCAGCUACCGGCCCAUGCACCAUGAGGACUUCAAAGAAGACCUGAAGAAGUUCCGCACCAAGAGCCGGACCUGGGCGGGGGAAAAGAGCAAACGGGAGAUGUACAGCCGUCUGAAGAAGCUGUGA